GAGCAUCUUGUUCUCUUAAACCCUAAAAUACAAGCAAAUUAAGAACAGAGAGUAAUGGCAACAAAUUCUGAAAGCUCGUUUAAAGCAGAGAAAUCAGAUGGGGACUGUGUUACUACUACUACGAAACCACAACACCAAAGUAGUCGGAUUUUGAGCAAGGAAGAGGAGAAAGUAAGAGAUAGCUACUUGUUAUGCUGUGAGAAUUUCUACACUCUUCCUGAGAUGAUCAAGUACAUGAAGGAGAAUCAUGGUGUAGGACAAACCACUGUGACAAAGGUUUUCAGAGAACUUUUAAAAGCCAUUACUUCAUUUCAAAAUGGUGUUGAUGGUCUCAUCCUUGAAGGCUUGGAUGUUACUCAACCUUUUGCUUCGAACAAGAGUCAACGGAUGCUGCUGCAAUGCGUCGUGUUGUGUUCGUUACUCGCCAUCGUCGUCGUCUCCGUCGCUUCGAUCUCUCCCCUCGGUGUUCACCCUUUAGAUGAAAAGUAUUUCGACUCAGAUAUUAUCAAAUGCAAAGAUGGCUCCAAAUCUUUCUCUAAAGAUCGUCUCAACGACAACUUCUGCGAUUGUCUCGAUGGCACCGAUGAGCCUGGAACUUCGGCAUGUCCAAAUGGCAAAUUUUACUGUAGGAACAUUGGAAGUUCUCCAAAGUUCGUUUACUCUUCUCGUGUGAACGAUCAUAUCUGUGAUUGCUGCGAUGGAAGCGACGAGUACGAAAGUAGCAUUCAUUGUCCCAACACAUGUGUAAUGGGUGGUAACGUUAACUACAUCUAUAAACCUAGAACCAACCUUAAAUCUAUCCACUUGCAACUCGGUUCAACACUUCAUCCAAAAGAGUCUUAUACCAUGGGGAAUCUUCAGGACAUGGUCAAGAAUCUCCAAGGUAUGAAGCUUGUCUUCGCCCUUCAGAUGGUUUUUAUCGGUUUCUUAGUGAUCUUAUGGAUGCUUACGCGCCGUGCUCGGUCUAAGAGGAGACGUUAUCUGCUGAAGAAUGUAUCUCCCAGUAAUAGAUCAGCUAACUAACUCUCUGGAACUUUGGUUCUACAAAAUGGAUUCACAAUUUGGAUGAUCUGAGAUCUCAUGGUGAAUCAUUCGACUGAUACAAGCUUUUUAUAAAAAUGAACUCUUGUU